AUGAAAACAAAUGUGACUUUGAAAGGAAUCGAACAGGGAUAUAUUCAGCUGCGUGUUGUUGCCAAAACGGCAGUAUUUACACUGCAGAUGCUUUAUGUUGUAUUGUGGGCAGCUCUUCCUAGCGGCAUCUUAGCACUAAUCAGCGAUCUUAACUGCACACGUGUAGAUAUAAUGCCAGGAGCUGCAGUGAAAAUUGUGUAUACCGAAAAAGCUGUAAUAUGCGGAAAUAAACUACCUGACGACUAUUGCGAAAAAAUAAUGAAUGCGGCAGCGAUGAAGGUGAUGGCGGGUGUGGAUACUGACAGACCCGACCAUUGUUUCAAGGUAAAUCCUUACUUUGUCGCUUUUUUGCAGUACACAAAGUAG